UUAAUUAAAUUAAAUUAAAGAAAGGUGGGUGGUAUCUACUUUCCUUUUUCCAAUUCCAUCCAUCAGAAUCAGAAGACAUUUUCCCUCCCUCAGUUUCCCGGAAAAAGAGAAGCGCUGAAGAAGACGUAUGUGUGUAUAUCUAUAUAAAAUAAUAUGAGGAGAAGGUGAAGGUGAAGGUGAAGGUGAAGGUGAGGGAGGAUGGUGAAGAAGAGUGGUGGGGGUGGAGUAUGGCCGGCAAGGUCAAGCUCGCAGUCAGUAACGGAGACGGUGAACGGGUCGCACAACUUCGUAAUAAAGGGGUACUCACUGGCGAAAGGGAUGGGAGUGGGAAAGCACAUAGCCAGUGAGAAUUUCACGGUGGGAGGGUAUCAGUGGGCCAUCUACUUCUAUCCCGAUGGCAAGAACCCCGAGGACAACUCCGCUUACGUCUCCGUUUUCAUUGCCCUUGCCAGCGACGGCACCGAUGUCCGCGCUCUUUUCGAGCUCACUCUCCUCGAUCAGGGUGACCAUCCCAGGCACAAGGUCCAUAGCCAUUUCGAUCGUUCCCUCGAGACCGGCCCUUACACCCUCAAGUAUAGGGGUAGUAUGUGGGGCUACAAACGUUUUUUCAAACGGACUAUGCUUGAAUCAUCAAGUUUCCUUAAGGAUGACUGCCUGAAAAUUCAUUGCACAGUUGGGGUUGUGGUUUCUGCUAUAGAUAGUUCAAGAUUACAGUCUGUACAUGUCCCUCAAUCUGAUAUUGGAACACAUCUUGGUACGUUAUUGGACAAUGAGGAAGGUUCAGAUGUUACUUUCAAUGUAUCUGGGGUGAAGUUUCAUGCACACAAGCUGGUAUUGGCGGCUCGCUCUCCUGUAUUUGAGAAAGAAUUUGAUGGAAUGGAAGAAGAUAAUCGUGAAAUAGUUAUUACAGAUAUGGAAUCAGAUGUUUUUAAGGCUUUGUUGCACUUCAUAUAUAGAGAUACUCUUACUGAAGAGGAGUAUUUAGAAUCAAGUUCAUCUUUAUCCGAGAGGUUAGCUGCAAAGCUAUUAGCUGCAGCAGACAAAUACAAUUUGCCUAGGCUUCGACUUAUGUGUGAAUCGGUUCUUUGCAAGGAUAUAUCUGUGAGUUCUGUUGCCAAUAUCCUGGCAUUGGCUGACCGUUACCAUGCUAUGGAUCUGAAAUCCGUUUGCCUAAAAUUUGCUGCUGAAAACCUAGUUGCUGUGAUGGAAUCUGAUGGAUUUGAGUAUCUCAAAGAAAACUGUCCAUUGCUGCAGUCAGAGCUCCUGAAGACAGUUGCUGGAUGUGAAGAGGAACUCAGUGAAGGGGGAAAGACUCGAAGUGUUUGGGCUCAGUUUUCCGAUGGUGGUGAUACAAAUGAUAGGAGUGUUAGGCAACAAGCUUGGGAAGAUGGCGGGGAGAGAAGUCGAAGUUUGUGGGUACAGCUUUCUGACGGUGGUGAUGCAAGUGGUAGGAGUCCUAUGCAAGAAGGUUGAUAAGCUAAAUGUCAGUGUUAUUGACUAAUGAGGUAGAUGAGAUGACAUGCUCAGGCAUCAGGAAGAGUGCAAACGCCAGAAUGAAUGUGAAAGGACAUUCAGUAGAAACUCUUACGCUUUUUUUGUUUUUGUUUGUUCCGCCUUUUUAAUUGGUUGAAUGUUGUAUCAUUAAUGUACUGAAAAUUGAUUAUUAGGUAGCAAAAGAUUAAAAAGAGAACCAUUUUUUUUUUUUUUUUCUUCCUUGAGGAGAAAUGAGAACGAUGUUAUGUAUGCAUUAUUGGUGCAAUGAUAUUACAGAACAUAUUUCUGAUUAAUAAUUAUACAUGUAACUAGAUAUGCUUAA